CUUUCAAUUGAUGCUAUACCUAUCGAAAUUGCCUUCGCGGGCAUUGAUGAUCAUUUUCAACGAGCUCAAUCAACAUCAAGUAUUGGAAUUGGCUCCUUUGCAUUCGAGAUUCGCCCCAAUAGCGAAAACAAGACUUUAUCACCAGUUGUAUGUAUACCCAUCACAUCCACUUGAUCCAAAAUCGGGCCCCACUAAAGGCUCAGACCGCGAAUUCAGAUAUCACAAGCACUUCAAUACUUUGAAAAGUAACAACUACACCAUUAUCUCUAUGAACACACUCGAAAAGUACUUGAACAAAAUGGACAAACAUCAGCACAUUGAUCGAUUAGAAUUUGUCGCGUGCCAUGUCAUUCUAUUCGAAUGUGUUCUAAGACAUUUUCAAACAAUAAAGUAUCUCGAAGUGACCCAAAAACCUUUUAUAGGGUACAAGGUAUACUUUGGCCUUUACGUUGAUAGAUUUAUAUCACGAUAUUUGAAAAUAUCUGCAAUUAAUACUAUUUAUAUUCAAUCGAAGGAGUGUUUUCGUGUGUUUGACAAUCAGUCAAGAGUACCAAAAAUUACAAUCGAGAUGUGUGAUUGGUCACGUGGUCUUGAAUUCGUGAACGAGCUACCUUGUGUUACGAGCUUGAGCAUCUUUCUCAAAGCGUGGAGUGAAAUUCCAAAAUCCAAAUUGAAGUUACAAACUCUUUGCAUCUUCAAAAUUUCGAAGCACCUGAGGCCAUACAAUGUUGAUCUCAAUUUCAAUACCAUUUUCCUAAAACAGUUGUUUCUUCAAGGUGAAUGUCUGCCUCACUUUUUAUUUUCAAGUACAGAUCUUCAAACAACAUUGCCUAACCUUGUCUUGCUCGGUAUGUAUUUUGAAAAGUAUAAUGAAAGUGCAGUAAUCUCAACUUUUUCAGUUUUUGGUCACAAAAGUUUGAGGUCACUUAUUAUCCACACUGCGAAAUACAACGAUUCAUUUGCAAACAUAAUUUGUGGGUUCCGUAGGGGGUUUCCUUUGGCUAGCAUCAACUGGUGGCACACACCUCUUCGGGGCAAAGACUCAUCUAGCGAAGAUUUGGUUCAAAUAUAUGAGUUAAUGACUGUCUUUAGUCCAAGUCUACAAUUAGAUACCAUAGGGUUGCACUUCAAGCCAAAUGAUGAGGUACAGUUUCCAGAAAAGGAAUUUGAAGUGACCACUGAAUAUGAUACAAAAAUGGUCAUAAAACUAAUCCAAUACUACUCUUGCCAAGAGUUGUCGCAAAUUUUUAAUAUGACGAAUCCAAAUCCAAGAGACCUUCCAUUAGAGGAAAUUGUUGGAUUAUGGUAA